ACAAGUAUUCUGGAACAAGACCCGAAAUGCCCAACGCAUGUCGUGGAUAUAACCCAGGUGGCAGUCCAAGUGUAUAUGCAUUUGCUGCAUGUUGUUCUGCUCCUGGUCUCAAAUGCAGAUCAGUGGGUUCCGAUAAAUCUGGUUCUAAUGUGGGCGACACAACGACAUCGACGUGUCCCGAGGGCUACAUAAUUACUGGAUGCAAUGUUCGAAGUCCUCUAAUGAUUACUGAUGGCGCUUACAUUGUUGGGGUUGACACUUGUGUGGCCGUUAAUGGGGGAAGCAGAAGAGGCGUGUGGGCCUUGGCCAACUGUUGCAAAGGCUAAAUAAGAAUUGAAACAAAUAUUGCAUAAACUAGUGUUUGUUAUCGUAACCGGUGAUUAUUGGUGAUGAUAUAUGUAGGACAAAUAAAAGUAGUGCUUAUCA